GUUUGUGUUGUCAAAAAUUCAAAAACAAAACGGUCGUAGGCGCGAAUUUACGCAACGGAGUGAUAUUUCGUAAUAAAAUUCAAUUAUAAAAGACGAAUACUUGCGUUAUAAUAGUUUUACGGUAGUGUAAGGUUUAUUUAGAUUAGAAAAAUGCCUCCAACAGACGCCGAAGUGCCGCAACCCGUGUCGGCGGCAAAACCGAAUCCUCGGAACAAUCCAACAAUGUUUAAAAUAUUUCAAAACGUGCAAUACAAUGUGGUACAACACAAGAAAUAUGUUAAGGAAAUGAUAAAACUGUAUAAAAAGCUUGAUGAAGAUAGUUUCCGAGAGAGCUUCAGGAAUGCUCUACAAUACUUGUUCACGUUCGGUGAUACCAGUGCCAAUGUGGACAGGGUUGUACAGUUUGUGGCAACAUUCUGCACCUCCCUUGAUGAUGAGGAAGAGUUCUUGCUGUUCAUAUUCAAUAUUAUUUUUGAUUGUCAGUGUGUAUCCGGUCAGUCAGUAAGAUACAGAGCCAGUCAGCUGCUGGCAGCUGUACUCUCGGCUCUUGGUGAUGAUGCCUCCUUGGAUGAUGACCUCUGUGACAAGCUACUGGCCUCACAGAUGCAAAGACUACAAGACACCCGCGGCGCAGUACGUUGUCGCGCGGCGCUCGCUCUGCAGCGCCUGCAAAACCCCAUGGAGCCUGAUGAUGAAGUCACCAGGGCUUACCGGUUUCAUAUGAGCUGCGAUCCUAGUUCUUCUGUUAGAAGGGCGAUAGUAAUGUCGAUAGCGAAGUGCAGUCGCAACGUGCCAUUCGUGUUGGAGCGCCUGUGUGACGUGGACGAGGCGGUGCGCCGCGCUGCCUUCCUCUACAUCGCGGCCAUCAAUGUCACACAGCUGAGGGUGCGACAGAGAGUACUGACUUUAAAGGUCGGUCUAACUGAGCGCAGUGUCCGCGUUCGUCGUGUAGUGGAAGAGAUCCUCAUCCCUGGUUGGCUGAGUACCUUCCAGGGCAAUAUAGUGGACUUACUGAAGGCCAUACGAUUGGACAACGCACAUGAUGCCAAGGACUCGCAAUAUGUCGCUGGGAAACUACUGGAGUCAUUGUUUAAACGUCUACCAAUAUCAGAGCUCCUAGAAUGGCUACCGACAGACAAGAACUUGCGCCUAAUACCGGCCGAGAAGUUAAACAAGGAGACGGCGUGGUACUGGCGCCAUCUAGCGGAGCAUCUACAGAAGAUAGACGAUGAUGAUACUCUGGAGUCUAUUCUACCGGACUUGGUGGUACUUACUGGAUAUAUUAGAGCUAUCGUGGAGUCCCCGUGUCCCGUGGAGACGGACGACCCCGUGGGGUUCAGCACGCGGCAGUACGUGCUGCACGAGCUGGCAACAAUGCUGCGGGUGUACGACGCCACCGACCCCACCGGGAGGGGGGAACUGCAGACGCUCAUCACUGAUGUACUUACUGGUGACUACGGUCCAUUGAACGCGGACGUGAUACGCGCGUUCGUGAAUGCUUUGGAACUAGUGUUGCCUGAAAUAUCGGCCCGUAUGGAAGUUAUCAACGGGGUCAUCGGAGCUCUGCGCGACCCACCGGAACCUGAGCAGCCGUGUCUGCCGCCGCCCGUCGUGGAUUGCACUGAGGCCAAGUUACAGCGGGCCAGGCUUCGUGUAUCGUUGAACGUGGCCAUAGAAGCGCAAGAAGAAGCCGUCAGGGAGCAGAACUAUAGUCUAGCGGCCGAAUGUAAAGCUAAGGUGGCAGACAUACAAAAGAAAUUAGACGAGUUAUCCAUUCAGCCUGCGCCAGCGCCAGCACCAGUACCUAUCUCGACAAUAAAAGAGAAACUAUCGGACACGGCGACGUUGACAAAAUGUCUGACGAUACUAAACAGUGCCCUGGACACGCCACAAGUCAAGUCCAUCACUCCAAUGAUGCAGAUGAUCUUCAACGAGCUAGAGGUGGACAUCUUCCAGAAUCCAGAAAUCGUUGAGACUGCCCUAGAGACAGUGGCUCUUUACGGAAUGUUGGACAAGGAGUUUGCCAAGGAAAAUAAGGCAUUCUUCUUUGCUAAUUUAAUAGACACAUCGAACGAGCGUACAGUGUCGACGGUGCUGCGCUGCAUAGUGGACCUGCUGUGUGUCCACGGCGCGCGAGUCUUCGAGGACGACGCCCAGGAGGACACCACCGUCAACACUACUAAGAAACGGAGCACCUACCAUACUAGUGUUAUUGAUGAUGAUGGCAACAUAUCAGAGUCUGCUAUUUCGAUGUCACCAGCGCACAGUACGGUCAUCGAACUGCUACUAAAGAUUAUGGACAGUACUUGUUCAGCAUACAGGCUGAUCAUAGUGGAAGGUCUCUGUCGCCUCCUACACUUGGGACACCUCGAGUCUCCUGCCAUACUCAGCCGACUAUUACUACUCUGGUUUAACCCAGCUACAGUUGAUGAAGAUAUGCUGAGACAAACUAUUGGUGUGUUCUUCCAAACGUUCCCGACGACUGUUGAUGGUGCGCAAGAGCAGAUACAGAAAGCAACACUGCCCACUCUUCGAGCGCUUGCGAAUGCGCCAUCAAGCUCGCCUCUAGCUGAGAUCGAUCAAGAAGCAGUCGUUAGGUUCAUCGUGUCACUGACUCGAGUCAACCAUGAGUUGGCAGACAGCCAGGGCGGCAUGGCGACAGUCCUGUGUAACUACAUGGUGCGGCGGGCCUCCGCCCCCGAGGUGGGGCUCGCCUGCAGGCUGCUCGCACUGCUCUCUGUGCCCAGAGACGCUCUACUCGCUUCCGAGUUAGCACAUAUGCUUAGAGAUUUGUGUUUGAAAUUGCCAGACAAGCAGUCGUGCCGUAAUCUCACUCGGUACUUGGGUGCGUUAGAAGCGACUGAGCGAGCGAGCAUGAACAAAAUGUCUAACACAGGUAUAACAGAAGGAGUGACGAUGCAAGAAGACUCACUAGCACCACUUGGCAGAACGACCUCGUCAUUGCCGCAACCAAUAGCUCGUAGCACGCAUGUCGUCAUCAACGAGACUGUCGAGGAGGAGGUGGAGAUAGACGAGACCUCUCCUACUGAUGCCAUAUCUAGGAUAUCUGAAGCACCACCACAAGCGGAAAGCAGUCGGGCCGUGCAGGAGUCCACAACUACAUUACGAGAGUCGUCGGGGACCGACACGGAACCGAUGGAGACGGCGGACAAGCAAUCAGAGUCCAGCAGCGACGAGUCUCCUGUUAAAAGGGCUAAAAUUACUAAAAGCAAAAAGAAAAAGUUAUCCCUAAACCGACCAGCCAGUAGUUCGGACUCCAGCAAGCCUCCCAAGGAAAAAGCUGCCAAAGCCAAGAAGGAUGCUAAAGAGAAAGAAACCAGUGACCCAGAUAACAAGGGAGUGAAGAGGAGUCGGUCGCAGCGCUCCUUGGUUGAUGUUGAGAGAGCUAAAGCCAAAGCCGAAGAGAAAGCUAAAACAGAAGAAAAAUUGAAAACCGAGGAACCAGCCAAAACUGAACAAAAGACUAAACAAAACCAAACCAAGAGUAAAAAGAAACAGUCGCCAAAGGCCACAAUGUCAUCACAGGAAUCGUCGUCCCCCGUUUCCGACCUCGACGUGUCCAAUGUCACUGUUCGCAAGUCCACACGAGGCCUACAGUCGGGAUCCAGUACUGAGUCCAAUGGCUCUACCAAAGGAAAAGGGAAAAGUAAAAAGCAGCCAGAAAUGGAACCGCCAGCAGUCAGUAAGCCAGUCCGUAGAACUCGGUCGUCGACCGGGUCUCGCCGCAGCAGUGCGGGCUCAUCGCGGUCCAUGCAUGAUGACUCCGAUGACACUCUACAUACCAUCGUUUAUGAGAAGGAAUUUGUGCAAUCAAUACUGAAUGACUCCAGUGAGCUAGCAGACAGUAGGCGCAGUUCUAGAGCUAACGUCACCAUACCUGAAACUCCUGAUGCUAGCGAAGAGUCAGAAUCCGAACCCGAAACAAAGAAAAAAGGAAAGAACAAAAGAAAUGCCAAGAAGAAAUAAUAAUAAGUGAUUAAUUUAAUU